GCGCCGAUCAACGCGUUGUUCCUCCCAGUACACUGGCCAACAUGACGAGCUGUGUGCCAUGCAAUAGCAUUGCUUCCGUCGAUCUCCACGCUGCGUUCCUCUCGGCCUACUCGGACUACCUCGUGCGCUUUGAUGUGGCGUUGGAGCAGUGGCCGACGCUGCUGGCGCGCCACGGCGUCGACCUCGGACUGAGUCGGGCUGUGAUCGACGCCGACGGCCGUAUUCUUGCCUUUGCGUUGGCGUCCCAGCGCCCCGAAGGAUCCAGAUUCCGCCGCCUCGCGUCACUCGGCGUCGUGGUCGCGGCGCGGCGGGCCGGUCAUGGUGCACGCCUUCUUGACGACUUUAUUGCACGCGCGACAGCGGACGGCUUGGGCACGGAGCUCGAGGUGUUUGCACAAAACGAAAAGGCACUGCGGCUCUACGAAAGCCGAGGGCUCGCCACCGCAAGCCCGCUCUUUGGCUACGUUGCCGAGCCGAGCAAGGUGCCAACGACAUCCGUGUGCACGCCCGGGUACCUCGACGCGUCCGCAGCGUUCGCGUACCUUGCGAGUCUCCCACUGGCGAUGGACCUGCCCCUCCAAGUGCUUCCAACAACGCUGCGUUUGUCCUCCGCACCGUUCGAGUGCUGGAAGCUCGGCGAUGCGCUAUUGGUGUUUGCCGCCAAGGACGAUGCGACCGUACAAGUCGCGUGCCUCGUCGACCCGUCACCAAGUCAGCAGGACGCGAGGCUCCUCGCCCAGGAGCUUCGCCACCGAUUCGCUGACGCGACGUGCAGCGUGCCUCCACUGCAGCGACUGGACGCCGGCGGCCUCGGGCUCGAGGAUGCUGGCUUUGAGCGCAUGCCACUUCACCAACUGCUGCUUCGUCGCCCUUGCCAGCUCAGUAAGCCGUAGACAAUACGAGCGGAUUCUUGCUACCAUUUAGCCCAUCUAAUACUGAACGCGAUCCAGCGUGCAGAGGUUGAUACCGCG